UUAACAUCUGUGGUUGUUGACAUUUCACGUUAGAUUUGGCGGUAUUUUUUAGUUAGUUUAAUGGUUUUGUUUUAUGACUGUUAAAUUUUACCUGACAAUUGUAAUUUCUGUUAUUUUUGUAUAAAAAUGGCCGAUCAGCAUGAUGAAAAUUUGUUACCAGAUAUGUUGCCUUUGUAUUACACGAGAUACUUUCCUCAAAACAUUUUUUGUAGAUGGCUUUCAUGUGGAAACAAUCCUAAGCCGUUAUCAAACAGAGAGUUGUCAUUUACUUUAGCGGAUGAUGUAUAUUUACGGUAUUUAUCUAUAAAUGACCAAAAGGAAUUUCAAACUUUGUUGCAAAAAAAAUGCCCGCAUAAGCUGGACAUUGGUGCAGUUUACAAUACUAAACCCUCUAUUGGUCGUCAUGAUGCAGUUGUACUGGCUAGGGAGCUAGUGUUUGAUAUUGAUCUCACAGACUAUGAUGAAGUGCGAACUUGUUGCCAAGAAGCUAUAGUAUGUGAUAAGUGUUGGAAAUUUAUGGUUGUAGCCUGUGAAAUCAUUCAUACAGCUUUAAGAGAUGAUUUUGGUUUUCAAAAUAUUCUAUGGGUGUUCUCUGGACGGCGCGGUGUACAUUGCUGGGUAUCAGACUAUGAAGCAAGAACAUUGGAUAGCCCUGGCCGAGCAGCUGUUGCAGAUUACCUUUGUCUUAUUAUGGGUGGUGAAAAUCAGAAUAAAAAAGUACACUUUGCUAGUGACUUACAUUCCAGUAUCUGGAGAUCUCUUACCAUAAUUGAUAAAUAUUUUGAAGAAAUUCUUCAGGACCAAGAACUUAUUUCAACUACAGAAGGUUUAAAAAGUUUUCUGAAAAUGAUACCUGAUGAAACAUUGGCAACACAGGUACAAGAGAAUUUAGAAAGAAUGCCAAGAUCAUCACUAGAGAGAUGGGAUACUUUUGUUACUACAUACAAUAAAUAUUGCAAAGAAAAUAUAAAUGCCACAAGGAAAAUUAAAUACUUAGUUGAAGAAAUAAAAAUACAGUACUGUUACCCUAGAUUAGAUGUUAAUGUGACAAAAGGCUUUAACCAUUUGUUAAAAUCACCAUUUAGUAUUCAUCCCAAAACAGGAAAGGUAUCCGUAGUAUUUAAACCUGAACAUGCUAAAAGCUUCAAAUUAGAGGAAAUACCAACAAUAUACACCCUUCUUGACGACAGUGCUCAGGAUAAUGUUCAACAUCAAAGUAAUAUGAGGGCAGCUGUGAAAAACUUUCAAGAGCUUGUGUUUUCUUUGGAGAAAGCAGAAGCUAUGAGGAGAAAGAAUGAUGCAAAUGCAUCACUGUUAGAGUUUUGAGAGGAAUAACAAUUAAAAUCAUAAAAAGGGAAGUCCACGAAAUAAAAGUACAAUUAUGCAAGUUUUAUUGCUUUUAUUGGAACAACGCGCAAUAGCUAGGCUUUCUGUGCACAUAUCCAAACAUUGUGUAUAAAAUCUCUAUAUAAAAUAAAUAAAUGAAAACAUU